CUAGCCCCGUUCUCCUUGAAAUAUCUAAAUAUCAGAAUUACCUUCACUGUUAAGUGAGAGUGACUGAAUACAUGCGAGACAUUACAUCAUGACAGAAUUCAUUCUUUUCUCUGUUUACCGACUGGAUGCUCCUCGACACAUAUAUGCAUGCAGGCUGUUAUUCAUAUGUAGGAGUGCAGAGAUUUUAUGUAAUAUCUGAGCAUUUAUUAUCCAUCAGACGACUCUAUAACACGCAUUGGUGAACUUAUUUGCUCUUGCCUGCAGCACCCGUCGCCCUAUAAUCAAAUAGCUUUAAAGUCUAAAUCAUUUAGUCGUCUCUACACUGCUAUUGCCGCAGCAGAACUGGCAUUAAUCUCUCUCUUUUCUUCUUAACUCGGAGUUUUUUGACGGUAAAUGAGAGCCUCCCGGUGCCCAUUACCGCGCACACCAGAUGAUGAGAGCCGAAUGAAGGUCCCCAGAGAGCGCGUCACGUGACCAACAAAACGUCAGUGGCAGAUGGCAUGGGUACCAGCGCUGGUGCCUGGCAUGGGUGUCAUUUCUCUGUGAAAGAGAGAGAGGGAGAGGGAGAUUAAAGGAAUUUUUACAGCUUCACAUCAAGCACAUGGGAGGCAGCUCUGCGCGUCGCGAGGAAUCCGAACAUGCGAGCUGAACACUGACAGAAACAGGGACGAUGCUAACCGUGCCAUUUGAAGACCCAGACAUGAUGCGCGAUUCUCAGUUUGGUGCCACCUUCACCCGUCAGGAGACACUCAACAGCGCCGAGCUCAAGGAGACAGAGGACGACAAGACGGACAGAGAAGAGGAGGAGAGAGAGGAUGACGAGAACGGUGUCCCGAAGAAGAAAGGUCCGCGUAAAAAGAAAUUCUCCGACGGUCACAACGACCGCGUCAAACUGCGCCGGCAAGAAGCGAACGCGCGCGAGCGCAGCCGCAUGCACGGACUCAACGACGCGCUGGAGAGCCUGCGUAAAGUCGUGCCGUGCUACUCCAAGACGCAAAAACUCUCCAAGAUCGAGACGCUGAGGCUGGCCAAGAAUUACAUAUGGGCUCUGUCUGAGACUCUGAACGCGGGAAAGAGACCCGACCUGCUGGCGUUCGUGCAGACCCUGUGUAAGGGCUUGUCACAGCCGACAACUAACUUGGUUGCUGGUUGCCUGCAGCUGAACGCCAGAAAUUUCCUCACGGAUCACAACGGGGACGUGUCGUUCUCUGGCAGGCCUCAGUACGAUUCUCUGUACACUUAUCCUAACGCAGAGAUGGCCACGCCCCCUGGCCUCAGCUCCGGGCCCCGCGACGGCGUCAAGCCGUUCCGACCGUACAACUAUUACGCGUCCUAUGAGUCCUACUACGACAGCACCUCUCCAGAGAGCAGCAGCCCUCAUUUCGACGGCCAAAUGAGUCCCCCGAUUAAUUACAACGGGAUUUUCUCUCUUAAAAAGCACGAGGACCAGGUCGAGUACAGUAAGAACUGCCACUAUGGGAUGAGAUACUGUAACGUUCCCGGUCGGGGCUCCAUGUACCGCGUUUCCCCAGACAGCCAUUUUCCUUACGACUUACAUCCCCGCAGCCAAUCGUUCCAGAGCCAGGACGAAUUAAACACGGGUUUCCAUAAUUAAAAGCGAGCAUAGGGGUUGGAUGCCAGUUACACGAAUCUGUUAAUUAAUUAGUGCUUGUUGCUGAUGGUUUUCGUUUGAUUUGGAUACACGAUAUAAAAAAACUAAAAAACAAAAACAGUUCUAUUUAUUUCAGACAUCAUAGACUCUUAAUAAUAAAGGUAGGCUACAUGGUUCUUCACAGCGAUGCAAUAGAAGAACCAUUUUUAUUUCCACAAAAACCAUUCAGUCAAAGGCUAUUUUAAAGACCAUCUCUUUCUUACCUGUUAUAAUCUGAAGAACCUUAUUUCGUCAUUUUAUUUUCGUCAACAUUUUGUGAAACAGAAAGGCUCUUCAGAUGUUCCUUAUUGAAUCAUUUAGACAAAAAAAGGUUAUGGCAUCGUGAAGCACCUUAAUUUUGAAGUGUAUGUUGCUCUUGCAUUGAGGCGGGCUCUGGUUGCUCUGUUACAAUCCAUUAAUAAAAAGAAGAUGGAUAUUACAUUCUAAGGCUUUUCAAACAACAAUACUUGUCUCAUAUCCUGUGCAAAUGGAUUUAGUGGUGUGUUACAUGAAACACAAACUCAAAAUAGCAAUAAUGGAACUAUGCAACAUAUUACCUUGUAAAUAACUUUACUGUGUGAAUUUUCCUAUUCGUUAGACUUGUGUGUCUUUCAACUCUAUACUCAACAUUCAGACUGGU